AUGCCUUCCAAGCGACUUAUGGGUGCCUUCGCCUUCGUGGACUUCUGUCUGCUGGCGGCCGGUGCUAUCCUCAUCGCAUUCUCCGAGAUAUGGCGCCAGCCUAACCUCAUGUUCAACUUCACGCUCAGCAACGAGAUGCUCACAGGCGGUUUGGUGCUCGGCAUAGUCUUCAUCAUGACCUUCGUCCUCUCCAUCGGUGCCGUCGUGCAGAAAAACCAUGUUACCAUGGGCUUUGUCCUCCUUAACUGGAUGCUCAUCGUCGACGCCCUCAUCGUCAUCGUCACUGGCACCAUCGUCUGGUACUUCACCCUCGGCGAGCGUGCCCACUACUUUGGGGUCUUUAACUCCCUCUCGCGCGACACCCGCAUCGAGAUCCAGGACAAGUUCUCGUGCUGUGGUUACUUCACACACAACGACACCGUCGAGAUCGGCGGCCAGUUCUGCGCGAACCAGACGUUCGUUGACACGCUCGUCGACCCCAACAACACGGACACGUUCCGCUGCGUCGCGCCGCUCACGAAGUUCACGGAUUUCACCCUGAACAACAUCUUCACGACUAUGUACGGCUUCAUGGCCAUCGUGGUGAUGCUAUUCCUGGCCUCGAUGUGUGUCAUCAAGCGGCGCCAGGAGGAGGAGCGGUUCAAGAAGAUCGACGCGAAGCGCGGCGGGCGUGGCUUCGUCUAA